AUGUUUUACUCUUUUUUCUGCAUAUUUUGUCCCAAGGAAAAUCUCAUCACUAUGACAGGGGCAUUUGAAAAGAUGACUACAAAAGAAGAUGCUCUGCGACUAUUGCAAUUGGCCAAAGACACACUCAACUGGGCUGUAGGUAAACUCUCCUUGUCUAACGACAGCACGUCGAUAGAUUUGACCAGUAUUCUGACAGCUUGCGGUAAAAUAGUGAACCACGUCCUCAUGAUAUUUGAUACUAAUAGCCCAGAAAUCACGAAAACAACAGUUACUAAUGCCAACGAAUCAAGAGAUUUUAUUGUGAACACUUUAAAUACGAUGGCCGAGUUACUGAAUUCGACGACUCAACCAGGCCUCGCUGACGUCUGGAGUGAUCUGAUUACCAGAUCCAGUAAGACAGAAAUAGUUGCUGGUCAAAUUGUUACCCAAUUGGCCACUGGCAUGGCUACAUUGGGUCUUUCUACCGACCUAGAAUCCGCCUGCCAUGUAUCCUUCAACACAUUCAACAGCACCAACAUGAUUCUGGGGAUUAUACCAGCAGAAGAUUCUAACGGUAGCUGCAGCCUCAAUGUUUCCGGCGACCUGGAUGCAGGUGGUAGUAAUGGCAAGAGUGAGCUCGUAUUCCGUCUGACUGGAAACGCCGUCUCACAGUUGUCGGCCCCAGACGCAGAAGUCAUCCUGCCCCAAAAGAGCAUUGCAAACAUACUGACAGGACAGGGCCUAAAUAAGACCGCGCUCUUUGUCACUCUUCUGCCAAGCUGCUUUCAGAACGCCUCAACUUGCUCAAGUGUUACCGGUGGUAUACCGGUGGACAGGAACAACAUUAGCCAAGAUGUUUUCACUCUUUCGGAGUCCAGCCUCACAGCAGCGCUUGCUGCAGACGUGCCCAAAGUGGCCCUGAAUAAUGCCAGCGAUCUACAAAUCCUGAGUCAUGUCCUCUCGGUGACAGUCAUCCCAAGCGAAGCCAAUCGAAUGCAGGUCGACAACUCGGCCACAUGGCUCAAUUUCAGCUUGCCCCUCGGCACAAUGAACGUACCACAUGCCGUGGUCUACGCAAAAAAAACGGGCAGGAUGCCUUGGGCAGCUGCCGCCGCCAACCGGGUCAUUGCCUCUCUGGAGGCCUCGAUGAGCCUGAAUUUGAGUGUAGCGCAGCCGGUGCGCUGCGUCUUCUGGAAUGACACAUACUAUCAGAUGGCACCAGACUCAUCAUCAGGAGCCUGGGACAACAAUGGAUGCCUGACUACAGGAGCCAACUUGACACAUGUCAAUUGCUCCUGUAGUCAUUUGUCGCUGUUCGCGGUCGCCAUGCAACCGGUCGACCAAAAAGACUGGCUGACCGACUUUUGGAACGUCUGUGGAGCAGCCGAUGCGGAUACGCACGCCUUGGUGAUGGACAUGAUCUUUCUUGUCUGCAAUCCCGUCUCUUUGAUCGCCACUUCCGCGAUGAUCAUCAGCCUGGCCUUGCGACUAUGGAUGGAGGCGUCUGGGACUCUGAACUGGGUUCGUAUUCCACCUCAGCGUUACCUUGUCCACAUUGGACUCGCCGUCAGUCUGUUUAUUUGGCAUGCCGGACUUCUGGCAGCUCUCACCGCCGAAAAGACUGUCCCCGACGACCCAACCAGCCUUGCGGCGCCAUUAUUCUGUCAGUUGGCCGGUUUUGUAGUCAGCCUGGCUGGCCUGUUUGUCACCGCCUGGUUGGCAUGUGAGAAUUUCUUCCUUUUCCAAUCUCUAGUCCGUGGCUAUCUCACCCUCAAGACACUGGUUCUACUGUUCACUGUCUGCCUGCCGCCUAUCAUUCUCUUAGCAACCUCCACGGCUCUCAGUGGAUUGGCUCAAGUUUUUGGUCAAGAUCUCAUCUGCCUGCCGGCUCGUGAGAGUUUGGUGCUGCCUCUAGUGGAGGGUGGAAUGCUCGCUUACCUCACGGUCGGCGGUCUGUUUUCCAUGAUUCUGGCCUGCAAUUUAGAGACCCCGGCCCAUCUAGUACCAGAGCUGGUCUACGAUCUAAAGUAA